GUGCGUGCUUCACUUGACUGUUUCCAGACCUUAUUUCCAGCAGUAUUCCAGUUGGUUAAACUGGACGAGGACUCCGUGGAGACGUGUUUCUUCCCUUGAUGUAUGCGCUUUAGCUACAGAUUUACUUUUUAGUCAUAUCCGAGAUUUGUGUCUUGCAUUAACGACUUCUGGAUUUUCAAUCAAUCUUCGCAAAAGGUGGAAUGAAACUCCUAUAACCAACCCUUAGUCCAGGAAGCAGUUGGAAACAUCAAAAUGGGAGAUAAUUUUGGUUAUACGUACCAUACUCCGAGAGCAAGUUUUGUUUUCAAAAUGAGACAAAUAUUAUCGCACGUUUGUGACAUUUUUAGUGAAUUCAGUAAGUUCAUCGCACCAGCAUAUCAUCAUGACAGAUGUGAAAGGUCUGUACAGAUGAGACUGUACACAAUGCACAAAAGGGAGUUUGUCAUGGUCUUCAUAGUUUUCUUUGUCCUUUACCAGAGAAUUCCAUCUGAGUGUGUCAAUAGAAGGCCUAACACAAGAGCAUAAAACUGAAUCUGUUCUUUCAGUAGAUAAACCUCAUAAUCGAACUCGCUCUUUAGAGUGUGACCAGACGGAAUGUGGCGAGGUGACUGUUAUGCACUUAGGUUAUCUUCGGUAUACUCAUUAUAUUAUCACUGUAAAUUUCUAUGGUCUUGGUGAUAUUCAGCAGUGGUAUAACGUCAAAGAUGUUAUCUUUUAUUUCAAAACAUACAACCCAUCUUUUACAAAGCUGGAGAUUUGGUUUCGUUUCAUCUUCCUCCUCCUCACAUUUUCAGUAGCAUGCUGGUUGGCACACAGUUUACGGAAGUAUGCUAUAUAUGAUUGGUCAAUUGAACAGAAAUGGAUGUCUGUUUUACUUCCUCUCCUGUUAUUAUAUGAUGACCCUGUGUUCCCUAUGACAUUUUUGAUAGAGUCUCUAGUCCCAUCACUCAUAGAUGCAAUUUUCCAAGCAACAUUUUUAUGUGCUCUACUACUCUUUUGGUUGUGCAUUUACCAUGGACUGCGACAGAAUGAAAGGACAUUUACAGCAUUCUACUUACCCAAACUUACAAUAGUCGGUCUGAUAUGGUUAACAGCAGUCACUAUGGCAGCAUUACAAAAGUAUAAUGAGCUCAGAGAUCCAUUGUAUUCUGCUGCUCUGGAAACUAAUAAUUUUCAGAAAUUCAAGGUGUUCUUCUUCGUUAUUGGUGCCAUUUACUUAUUAUACCUUCUGUACUUGAUUAUCACGGCUUACAGUGAAUUAAGGUCAAUGCCAUAUUUUGAUAUGCGUCUGAAAUUUGUAACAUUACUGAUGCUUAUUGUGCUGUGUAUAAGCCUUGCGAUUACUGUGCUACGAUUUGGUAUUGGAGCUCUUGAGGAUAAUUUUGUAUCUCAGCUGUCAACACAGUACGAGUCUUCAGCACAAUUUAUGGCCUUUUACGGUCUCUUGAAUCUCUAUCUGUACACAAUGGCGUACGUGUAUUCACCAUCAGAGAGAGCUUUAAUGGAAACACAUAUUAUGAAGGAUAACCCAGCAUUUAGCAUGGUCAAUGACUCUGAUGAAGAUGUCAUAUAUGGAUCUGAUGAUGAUACCAGACGUCCACUAAACAGAGGAAGUAAUGAUAACGAUGAAAGUGACUGAAUCAGUGCCAAUAGUUUUAACUCCAAAGACUACACUAUUUUAUUUAAUGGUUGUAUGUAUUUUUGAUGUUGUACAUCAGUUAAUUUAUGUAUUGUAGUGUCCUUUGUGAGCUUCACAUGCAUAAUUCAAUACCAUAAUACUGGUAAGGUAAUCUGAUAAUUUAUAAGAUCUGUGGAAAUGUAGUACUUACUACAGCAUUGUUUUUAUGAGAAAAAUUUAAAUUUUAUUUGUUAAUAGCCAUCAUACAUAAGUAAGGAAAUCUUUUAGUGUACAGUAUAGUACCACUAGCAUUAUACUAGGUGUGCAACUCUUCCUAGCUUUUCAAACUUGACUGGUUAUUUAUGAUGUGCUGACUUUGGCACACUUUCACUCCUUGCCAUUGAUCAAAUAUGUAACUCAGGUAAAAUCAUUUUAAUGUGAAAAUUUUCUCUGAGCAUUGUAGAGCAGAUUUUCAAAUUCAAGCAUUGAAGGUAAUAUGUCAAAUGGUCUUUAUCAUGGUCAAGCCAUGACUAGACCUCAUGAACAUCCUGACUUGAAGGGAUUCUUAUAAUGAGUUCUUGACACUAACAUGCUUUUUUAGAAUAACAUAAGAGUGACACUAUUCAAGUUUAAUGAUCCAGAGAGAGGGAAAACUAGUUGUUUCAAGAAUUAUGUUCAAAUUGUGAUAACAAGGAAGUUACUCCUUUUGUGCAUUUAUUAUGUUGUGUUUAGUAAUCCAACUAUGUAUUGGGUGUAUGGUCAUUAUUUACAUAAUUUUAAUAAAAAGGAAAUAUAAAAGGCUAGCUAAUAAAAUUUAGAAUUAUUAAAACUCACGUUACCAAGAAAUACAUAAGAAUUAUACAUUAUAGAUGAAUAAUGAAUGAACAUAAUGGUAUUUAAUAUUUUUGUUUAAAAUUUUAAUACUGUAACCUUAAUGAUUUGUUUGCUUUAUGUGCAGACUAAAACUGCACAAAAUAUACAUGCUUGCAAAUUAUGGUACUCCACUUCAUUCUGAAGCUCACAAGGUUUAUAAUCCUUUGUUCAUGUCUACAGUUAUUAGAAAUGACCACUUUUUAAUUAAUUUCUAAUUUUCAUUACUGACAAACAUGCAAUUUUAACAUUAGGAUAAACCUUCUGGCACCAGCUGAAAACCGGUAAAAAAACAAUAUACAGGCAGUCCCUGGUUAUUGGCGGGAGUUUUGUUCUCGGUGAGUUGGUAAUAAGUAAAAAAACUGCCAUUAACCAAAACUCGGUGGUUUAUGGCACCAAUAACUGGUUAAUGGCACCUCUGUUAGGCAUGUUAUGGUGCCGGCGCCAAUAACCAAAACUCAGCAAGUUAUGGCACCACAAAUCGCUGAUUUUAUGGUGCUAGACAAGUGCCAUAAAACCAGAUCACCAUUAACCAAGUCCAAGACAACUGGGGACAGCUGUACUAAUUGUAUAUGCAAGGAAUUGGUGACUUCUGGCAUCUGUCGCGAACGAGGUGGGUGACUCUACGUAGUUAUUCUUCCAACUCAAUGUAAACUGACAGAAGGGUAGCCAGAGGUGGGCACUGAAUGUUAAGACUGCAGGUUUGUUAGCUACAAAAAAUAUAAAUUAAUUAAAAAUUUGUAUUUGUAAUUUGUUCUUAUGUACAUGGAACAAACCUGGGUCUUAACAUUAGGAUAGACUCACUCUUGUUGGGAGGUAAGUAAUCCCGAAUCGACUGGAGGUUUGGCACACCUGAUCAUUCUUCCUGGAUAAGAGAAUUCUAAGGAAGAAAACCUAAGCCUCUGAACCUAUAGAUAAGUGUGUAUCUAAGGCUCAAACUACUGGGUUUGGUACAGUGCCUAAAUUCAUUGCAUAUAUGGAAGAUGAGAGAGCUAUUUGUUCAAAUAACAAACCAAAAUAGCCAUCUGUAUGGGUUUGUUAAUAUUCUUCUCUCCCCUUGCUAGGGGGAGGAAGGGUUUGCUACUGAAAGAUAAUGAGAUUUCUCAUAGUAUGACCACUUCACGCACCUGUGUCAAACCAGUUCUAGCUUAUGAUGGCUCCAUCUUCAUAAUGCUUGUAGGUAGAGAAGGAAGAAUAGGAAAAGACACGUCAUCUCAUUCAUUUCACUUUCAUACCAACAUCUUAGGCAAGAUACAGUGUCCCGCCAGGGGGGCACUGCAUGAGCUACACAACUUGUUGUGCAGCCACCACCAGACCCAAGAAAAAGAAAAGAAAAAAAAAGAAAAAAAAGCCUGUGUGCAACAUCUCUCUGGUAAAAAGAAGUGAAAGUGGUCUGGGGGAGUUGAAUCAGCAUUCAAAAUUCUAUGAACAGAUACAAUCUUCUUGAACGCCAUGGAGUAACUCAAUCCUCUAAUGUCUUGUGCUCUUGCAUGCAUGGUAUUGUCAGUAGAUGAGGAGCCUGAACAAAUUUGAAGGCUAACGACCCCUGGUGUGUUUGACAUCAUAUGAUAGACCAUGAAAAUUGCCUACCCUUUUUGAUGAAGCCACAGCUAUCAAGAAGACUUGAAGGUCAGGUCAGGUCAAGUGCGUAACAGUUCUUAAGGAGUUCGGGUGAGGUUACUCAGUAUCAGAGCGAGACCCCAGGCAGGGGGUUUCAGCUGUCAAGGGGAAUAGGACUGCUCAAAGCUUUUGAUCAGCAUAGGUAUCUUGCAAAAUGUAGAUAUGUCCAUGUUCUUCAUACGCAGUACCAAAGCCAAAACAGCCCCAUAGCCCUUUAUGUUAGAAAGGAAAGAUGUUUUUCCAAAAAUGAAAAAAAUUAGAAAAUCAGCUAUAUGCUGAACAUAGGUUCCAAGUGGAGAGUAACCCCAUCGACAACAACAACAGUCGAUGGCCUUCUUCCCCUGGUACAAUAAACCUCCCAUUGGAGAGUAACCCCAUCGACGACGACAAUGGUCGACGGCCUACUUCCCGUGGUACAGUAAAUCUCCUGUAUUUGCCGGGGAUGCAUGUGGGGGACCUGCAUGUGAGGGGAAUCUCUUGCUGUAGACCAGUACUCCUUUAGUCUUCAUUGUAAGGAUUGAAGAUGUAGACACCAAGUGGAACCAGCUUCUCCAGAGAAUUCAACAGGCCUAGAAUAACUUGCCACUGAUAAGUUUGGAUUGAGCUACUGUCCUGAACUUCUUGAUCCUCUGUUCAGACGGACUCUUGAUGCUGCUGUGUCUAAGAUCAUUCCAAGGUGUACAAUUCUUUGGCUGGGAGUGAGAUUUCACUUCCAAAUGGACCACAAUGCCUAAGCUGUGACAAAAUUGGAGAAGCCAUUCCCUGUCCUGAAUCAACUUUUCCCGGGAACUCGCCAAGACCACCCAGUCAUCACGAUAUUUUAAAAGUCUGAUCCCCUGAGCAUGACCUGGAGCGAGAGCAUGAUGACUGUUCACUGUCUCUAAUACCAACAGGAACUCCACUCAAAUGGACGUUAGUCAUAGGUUCUGAUACUAAAGAUUUCUUUAUUGGAGCCUUGUAGUCUUUCCUCCAAACCCUCUCAGGAAGAACUAGGGAAGUGGCACUUCAUUUAGCUUCCUUUUUAAGAGAAGCCCUUGCAGAUUAAUGGCCAAUGGACGAGAGGUAUCAUCUACCAAAGACUGCACCCCUACAUGAUCCAUCGUAGAAGAAUCGCGAUCAUGGGCAACGGAGGAAGUGUCCUGAUACCAGACUUCUUAUGCAGUCGGAUGUCCUUGGGAGAACAAUGGCUAUGUACUGAUGUCGUCUCUAGAACUACCAAGGAGGAGGCAUAAUUAUCCUUCACUGUCAAAGUUCUGCGACAAUGAACGUCCAUAUUAGAACAAUGACCAUGGUCCAAUACUGGGAUGUGACUGUCCUAGCUCGAAGAAGAAGGAAUAUUCCUUCUUUUCUUGGCUCUAGGAUCAAAAUUGAAGCCCCUAAUUCUCAAAUGCUUGGUGGGCACUCUAACUGGAGAAACAGACAACAACGACAGCAAUGAUAAUGAGGAUGAUGAAGAAGAAGGAUAGCCACAUCUCUUCUUUGUGUGAGCGUGAAUGCAUUUCUCUUCAAGUCAUGGAGGGGCCUGGUUGUGUCAUCAUUAAAGCAGAUGGCACGCAUGAUGAUGUCGUAGAGGAUUCCUGUUGUGCUGUCACUAGGGCAGACAAAUCAUGUGAGGAAGCUGUUUGUAACCCAGCUGGGACUGUUGGGACUGGGAUGCAGGAAGACAUGAGUGGGACAAAAGACCAUUUAAGGUUGGUAUACCUGAGAGACCUAAUGAUACCCAAAAACUCAACAUCUACCCUCCUGAUAGUUAAACAAAGGAUAAAGAUAGUGAACCCCCUCCCCCAAAAGGAUGAGUCGGGGCAACAUUAGAUACUACAGUCGACCCCCGCUAUUCACAGAUUUUUAUAUGAAACGUAUACACAUUAUAUGCUGGAUAUUCGCCUACUUGCAGUAUUUUUCAUUGAGAAAUAUUCAUAAAUUACUGUACAAGCAGCCCCCAGUUACCAAAUGGGGUUCCGUUCCUGGGGCUUGACAGUAACUGAAAAUAGUCGGCAACCGAUAUUCAAGUCUAUGGGCGCCACAAUCCACCCUAUGGUGCCCUAUACUGGUUAAUGAUGCCUACAGUGUCACAGCCAGAUAUUUUGCCCUACUAUGUAAUAACCCUAAUGAAAAUGUAGAAUUUCAUUUGCCUAAUAAUUUACUAUGGUCUACAUGGUAGUUCUACAAAUUUUUAAUGUCAGAUGCAAUGAACUUACUGGUAAAUCUUGGCCUAGAAUGAGAAAGAGAAAUAAAAAGUCAUAAUACUAACAUUUCCUCAUUUCUUUAUUUCUAGGAAUAAGUUUUUUCUGUGCAUUUGGCAGAGAUAUUACUUAGCCUUAGUAUACUUUACAUCCCUACCUAAUUUUUGGCAGCAUUCUUUAUUACUUAUAUUAGAAAAAAGUUUACUCAUAAGAGUAAAAUAAAGCAUUCGAAGCCAGUGGCGGAACACUGUAAUGUAUGGGUUCAAAGUUAUACGUGACGUAAACAUAUGGCGUGCUGACUUAAACAUAUGGCGUGCUGACUCCUCCCACAAGGUGAUGACAACAAACAGCUGUCUCUGAAAUUCUGAAUGAAUUUGGUACCUUGUCAAGGCUUCAAGAAUGGCGGCUAAGAUAAGUCAUUAUCCCCAUGAUUGCCGGACAGCUUUUGUGAUUCGGCUUGCAAAAUUCUUUAGAAGUGAGGAGGCCUAUGGCAAACCCUACAUAAGCUUGAACAGGUACAAGAAUAAUAGCACUCGACAUCAUGGCAUAAAUCCUGUAAACUACUACUACUACUACCACUACUACAAAGUGUAAACAAGGAGUAUUAGUUGUAUUUCAUUGUUGCCAGGGGUUGAGACUUUUUCACGAAUAGCAAGUCAUCCAUCAAGAAGGAGGCAAGUUAAUGACGUCAUAAGUUACGUCAUUAUAACUUUGAAAGACAUUCCUCUGGGUUUGCUGGCGAUAUCUACAAGAAGUCGGUGUUACUCUUACAAUUACUAGAAUUAUGCAACUUUUGUAAUACAGAAUACAGUAAAAAAUUAGGUAGGGAUGUAAGAUACCCUGUGACAAAGUGUCACCUCUGUCAGGUACGUUGAUAAAAUUCUAUUCUGGAACAAUACCGGGACACCAGCUGUGAAUCUCAUAAUAAUAAUAAUGUUUUGCUUGCAUUUUAGACAUCGUACGAUAGUAAAAAAUUAUGGUAGUUAUGUUACUAUUGACAUUAAGUAGAACGGGACAUAUAUUUUUAUAAUAUAUCUUGAUUUGGUAUGGAGGAAAUAUUGGCAAGGCAAUAUAGUAGUACUGCUAAAUUUGAGUUGUAGUUGAGCUGAAGGUGAGAAAACCUGUUUUCACUCUACUAAUGACUAUAAAUUAUCAUGUAUCAGCAACAUGGGUGCAACUCUACCGCAAAUAAUAGUGGAGAAAAAAGUAUUUUAAUAAUAAAUACCGGCCAUGAAAGAACCCAUUUCACUGUUGCUUUCAUGUCGAUAAAAGAUAAAUACAUAAAUUUUGUAUUACUAUGAAACUGGAUGAAAAUAGCAAACUGAAUCUGUAUGCUUCCGACACCAACUAUUAACAAAAAAAAAUAAUCUAGUUCACACCAAGAUGUAUUUAAGUCAUAUUUCUACUUAAAACACCUUUAACAAAAAAUAACCUUGUCCCAUAUAAAUAAGUUUCUAGAGAGCUAUUUAUGCUAAAUAGAAGCAAGAAAAUCACUAUAUAGAGUUAAUUAGGGUGAAAUAAACUUGCCUCUGCCCUCGGCUGAUUUUCCCAAAACAAAACACUGAUUGCUUUGUCUGUAUUUUAUACCAUAUAGUAAUACAAGACUACAUACAGUGCGUAUUAUUGGAUACUUUGAAGUAAAGUAUAACAUUUUGAAAGAGCCAAGGAAAAGGUGCAUAUUCAUUAUGUUUGUAUUUUAUGAGGGUCUCUAUGCACUUAGGCUAAGUACCAUUAACCAGACAAUGGCACCAUCUAUUAAAAAAAAUAUAACAAUCUAGUUCACAACAAGAUGUAUUGAAGUCAUAUUUAAACUUAAAAACACCCCAUAUAACAAAGGAAUAACCUUGUCCCAUAUAAGUAGUCUCUAAAGAUUAAUUUACGCUAAAUAGAACCAAGAAAAUCAGUCUGAAUCGAGUUAAAUAUGGCAAAAUAAUCUUACCUUCACCCUCUGCAGAUUUUUCCAAACCAAAACAUGAUCAGUUUGUUUGUAUUUUACAAUAUACAAUAGUAAUAUAAGACUGCAUACACAUACAUACAGUAUUCAUAGAUACAGUGAAGAAAGGAUAACUUUUUAAAAGAGCCAAGGAAAAGAUGCACAUUCAUUGUUUGUAUUUUAUGAGGCAGUCUCAGCAUUUAGCUUAACCCACCGAUAACUAGACAACGGUGCUAUAAACCUUACAGAGGGUGAAACCCAGUUAUAAAUAUGUAUAUGUACUGAACAAGCGCCGUAACACCAAAAUACUGGUAACCGAUACCAUCAAUAACUGGGGGCUGCCUGUAUUUUCACAUAAUUUUCAUGACUAAAAUGCACAAGAAUAUAUUAAAAUAUUCAGAUACGUAUAAGCAUUUUAGAGGCAUUUUCUCAAGUUUGAACUAGCAAAAUAGGCAGUUAUAAGCGUUUUUAGAGGAGUUCUAAGUAUUUACGGAUUUUAGCUUUUCGGGGGGGGGGGUCUGGAAUGCAUCCACCCUGAAUACAGGGGGUUUACUAUAUAUGCAAUCUCCCAUACUUCCAAAGAUGAAAUCAAUGGAAGAAAAGGAAGGGGAAUGACAAUCAAUUGAAGAUGAAGCAACUGGCAGAGAUCUAAUCAACAAAGAAGCAGAACCUCUUCCAUUGCUAAGGAGACCAGGAAUUACAUUCAGAACUUCACAACCUACAUUUGCUCUGCAUCUAAUCCAAGUUGAAUGAGGAUUAGUACUCAGGGAGGCUAGGAAAUGAACACUGAUACCCUUGUACACCACGACAUUUCCUCUGAGCCUUGUGGGAGCCAGAACUGGAGCUUGUAGAGGGGUUUUGGGACUCUCACAAACACACAACCUGUACACCAAACACAGAAGAGAAAAACACAGGCAAAGAAAAAGACUGGCUUCAAGGAAGAGAGAAAGAACAAGACACCCUCAAUCAAAGGUGGCAAAAGAGUAACUAAGGCAUCAAAAGAUCAAGCUUUGGUCGGAGGAGUCACUAACCUUGUUCACGAGAGAAGCCUGAAGCCACCAAUUCCUUGCAUAUACAAUUACAUUGUUUUUUACCAGUUUCCAGCUGGCACCAGAAGAUUAUCCUAAUGUUAAACCCCCAGGUUUGUUCUGUGUAUGAACAAAUUAAGUGUAGAUACGUUAAGAAAGGAAUACGUGUGUCAUGCAUGGUGGAUCUAGGAACAUAUCACCAUCAAUAAAGGUAGAAUUGCUGUAACUGCUUUCUCAAAACUAGAAGUCUAUUGCUUAAUCCUGUGAUGAGUAACUAUUUGACAACCAUUACUGUUUAUGUAAAAUUCAGGAACUUGUUUGACUGCUCUUUUCAAAUGUAAAAAGUAAAACCUGUGCCAGGAAGAGAGAAUACUAAAUUUGUUGUCUGUUGUAUUUGAUGUUUUUUGUUAAGAUGAAUGGUAUAUAGUUUAAAAACCUUUAAAAUGUGCAGCUACACUGAACCAUUUCAAUUUAAUUUUAAUUUUGUAUGAAUGACUUUUAAGUGUCUAACACUGUCAUGGUUAUACCAAGAUAUACUGAUCAGUAUUUUUAUACAGAUAUUGGCCUUUCUUAAUUUAAAAUGUCCAAUUUUGUCCAUUAUAUACAAACUCUGUACUCUUACCGUAUAUACUCGUGUAAUAUUUGACUCCAUGUAAUGUUCGACCCCAUUUUUUACUGCAUAUAGUAUCAAGAUUUUAGUGUAUAUCCCAUGCAAUGUUUGAGUUUAGAUUCUGGCAAUAAGCCUAGGCUAUGUUUCUGUAAAUUUGGAAUCAAAACAUGACGGAAGCCUAGGCUAUGUUAGCAGUCGCUACCUUAGCCUAGUCUAAUAUUGUGACAUCUCAAAAUUGAGUUAAACUAAGAAGCUAAAAGCUUAGAAUAUGCCUAUAAAAUGUGUGAAAAAUCAAUACUUUAGUAUACUACGUAUUUCAGAUAAUCAAAAUUAUCUAUAAUAAAUGAAAGGAAAAAAGCUUCUGACCAUCUUUGUUUACAAUCGUUUUGUCAAAAAUACCAAAAUCUUGCUAAGCAACCACUGUAACUAGCAAACAGUAUAGUAUUCAUCAUACAUUUCUAUUCUUUAAUCUCUUCAACCACUAAAACUAGUGAACAGUCUAGUCUACGUAGUAACCAUUCAAUUCUAUUUUUCAAUCUCUCUUUACCCAAUUCCACUAUGUAUUCUUUUAAACGCUAUUGCACUGUUACUGUUUCUUAUAUCAAAAAUUUUCAAAAUACUGUUGGGAAAUCCAAAGCCUGGGCUUAGCCUAGUCCCAAAAUCUUGUUGUUUUGCAAAACUAUACCUCAUGUAAUGUUCGGCCCCAAGAUUUUAGGCCAUAAAAUUGGUCUUUAAAUAUCAUACAUUACAUGAACAUAUACGGUAAGUCAUUUGUAGCAUUUUCAUUUUUUAAAUACACUAAGCUUAAUUUUU